AUGGCUACCGAAACAGAGAUUGUCACGAACCCGGUGGCCCCCGAGAGGCCGGAAACCGUCAGUGGAAUAAAUUCAUCUGAUGAGUUAACCUUAUCACUCGAGAAACUUCAGACUAAGCCCCUAUGGACGCAAAUGGCUAAACUGAACCCGCCUUUGCCAAAUCCUAGCUGUGUGCCACACAUCUGGCGUUAUAACCUGAUCCGACCCAGUCUGUUGAAAGCUGGUGAGCUGGUUGGUGAAAGCCAGGCCGAGCGGAGGGUGUUGAUGUUGGUGAAUCCUGCUCGAGAUGCCCCCUAUACCACCGAUACUCUCUAUGCAGGACUACAACUAGUGAUGCCUAAUGAGGUUGCAAGAGCGCAUCGACACACUGCAUUCGCCAUGAGGUUCAUCAUAGAAGGCCAUGGCGGUUUUACUGCGGUACAAGGGCAGCGCAUCACCAUGCAGCGUGGCGACGUAAUUUUAACACCACGCUGGAACUGGCACGACCACGGGAAAGAUGGGUCAGGGCCGAUGAUAUGGCUGGACGGACUCGAUCUACCCAAUUUCCGACAUUUUCCCGUCCACUUCGUUGAGCAUUAUCAGCAACUACGAUACCCGGCCGACGACGUGGAUUCCAACACCUCCCCCAUUGUGUUCCCUUGGGUGAAGAUGAAGCAGGCUCUUGACAAGAUUCCGGGAAAUUGGGCAUCCAAAGAUUACUUGAAGAGCGACGGGCGACAGGUCUCCAAAGUUUUAGGUGGAUCCGCCGAGAGACUCAACGCAGGAACAAGUUCACCGGGAAUCCGAGAAACAGCAUCAUCAGUCUACCAUGUUGUGUCAGGGCGGGGAUAUUCUAUCAUUGGAGAGAAUAACCGUAUUACCUGGGGACCCGGGGAUACUUUUUGCAUUCCAUCCUGGCAGCGAUAUCAGCAUUUUGCAGACUUGAAAGGAGAGCAGGUUUAUCUAUACCGCUUCCACGACAAACCGAUGCUGAAUGCACUCGGAUUCUACCGUGUGGACGGUGUCGAUGUUGAAACUUUGGUGUCUGAUUGA